CGCGGCUCCGGGCGGCCGACGUAGAGACAGCCGCUCCUGUGGAGACGAGCGUCGGACAGAGCCGGGCGGGGAGCUGCGGCCGAGGAGAGAUAUGGGCCACAGUGUGGGCUGAGAGUCUCCAGGGCUUUGUGAACGCACAACUGCCGUAACAGCAGCCUGACAUGGCCACAGCCUCCGUGCGUGACAACAGCGACGGCAGCCAUGGAGGCAGGUCCCAGCUUCAGGCUGUUGUGUCCUGUGCCAAGCUUAAGAGGAAGAAGAACUGGUUCGGGACGGCCGUGUACGUGGAGCUGGUGGCCGACGGGGAGGUGCGGCGGACGGCCAAGUCACACAGUUCUUCCAACCCCAAGUGGGACGAGCGGUUGACGCUGAAUGUAUCUCCUCACUCCCAGCUGGACUUCAAAGUGUGGAGCCACCACACCCUGAAAGCCGACGCCCUGCUGGGGAAGGCCACGCUGAACGUCCACCUGGUCCUGGAGCAGCAUCACAGGAAGUUGGAGAAUGUGAAGGAGGUCAUGAAGCUGUACCUGGAGAACAAGUGCGGUGUGCUGGUGCCCACUGGGGAGCUCACUGUCUUCCUGGACGGCCUCUUCCUGGAGCCGGGAUCCCUGUCUAAUGGGACGGGGACGUCACCUUCUGCCUCUGCCACCAAAGUGCAGCAGGACUCGCAGAACGGAGACACUGUCCACGAAAAUGGAAGGGGGUCCUCACCGGCUCGAGCUCAGUCCAACAGCGGCUCCAACAGUGGAGACAGCCAGGUCCCAUCCACCUCUUCCGGCUACAGUGACGGGAGCUCCGCCCCCACUUUGAAUGGGGGCAGUGUCUCCUCCCCAGAGCACCGCCCCCCCAGCCCCCAGGGCGUGCCGACACCUGACGAAGGACAGGUCUCCAAUGGCACUGUGAAUGGAGAGGCUUCAGCCCUCACUUCUGACGUGGCUCCCGCCAUCACAGAAGCUCUUGCCCCUACCAGUGACUUGGAGCAGAGCGGUGAUGCCCCCCCCUCCGAUUCCUCUCCCAGCAUUGCCCCUGCCCCUGCCCCUGCCCCAUCUCCUGCCCCUGACCCUGACCCUGACCCUCACCCCGAUCCCUCCCCUGCUCCUGUGUCUGCUCCGGAGGAGUCCUCCCAGACACCCGCCAUCAGUGCUGCCCCCCUUACCACCUCCUCCCCCUCCUCCUCCUCCUCCACACCUGCUGCGGAGGCCCGCAGCACCAGUCCCAGUACGCAUGACGGAGGCAAGCCCAAGCAACAGUCCAGUAGCUCCAGUUCUGCUGGGCCCCUUCCCCCUGGAUGGGAGCAGAGGAAAGACAUUCAUGGUAGGACCUACUACGUGGAUCACAACACCAGAACCACAACGUGGGAGAGACCCCAACCCCUACCAUCUGGGUGGGAGCGCCGCGUGGACGACCGGGGCCGCAUGUACUACGUGGACCACAACACCCGCACCACCACUUGGCAGAGGCCCACCAUGGAGUCUGUCCGCAACUUCGAGCAGUGGCAGUCGCAACGGAGCCAGUUACAGGGAGCUAUGCACCAGUUCAACCAGNAAUACCUCUACUCGGCCUCGAUGAUGUCAGCAGAAAACGAUCCUCUGGGUCCUCUCCCUCCCGGCUGGGAGAGGCGCGUGGACUCCAACGACAGAGUGUACUUUGUCAACCACAACACUAAGACGACGCAGUGGGAGGACCCGCGGACGCAGGGGCUGCAGAAUGAGGACCCGCUGCCCGAGGGCUGGGAGAUUCGCUACACACGCGAGGGCGUCCGCUACUUCGUGGAUCACAACACUCGCACCACCACCUUCAACGACCCGCGCACGGGCAAGUCGUCCGUAACCAAAGGUCCGCAGAUCGCCUAUGAGCGCAGCUUCAGGUGGAAGUUGGCCCAUUUUCGCUACCUGUGUCAGUCGAACGCCCUUCCCAGCCACGUCAAGAUCACUGUGUCCCGGCAGACUCUGUUUGAGGAUUCCUUCCAACAGAUCAUGGCCCUCAAACCGUACGACCUGCGGAGGAGGCUGUACGUCAUAUUCAGGGGGGAGGAGGGACUUGACUACGGUGGCCUGGCGAGGGAGUGGUUCUUCCUUCUGUCCCACGAGGUCCUGAACCCCAUGUACUGCCUGUUCGAGUACGCCGGAAAGAGCAAUUACUGCCUGCAGAUCAACCCGGCCUCGGCCAUCAACCCCGACCACCUGUCCUACUUCAACUUCAUCGGCCGCUUCAUCGCCAUGGCUCUCUUUCAUGGCAAGUUCAUUGACACAGGCUUCUCCCUGCCCUUCUACAAGCGCAUGCUUAACAAGAAGCUGACCAUCAAGGACCUGGAGUCCAUCGACCCGGAGUUCUACAACUCGCUCAUCUGGAUUAGAGAUAACAACAUCGAGGAGUGCGGCCUGGAGAUGUACUUCUCUGUAGACAUGGAAAUCCUGGGCAAGAUUACCUCACAUGACCUGAAACCGGAUGGAGCUGAUCUGCUGGUGACGGAGGAGAACAAAGAGGAGUACAUCGGGCUGAUGGCAGAGUGGCGCUUCUCCCGAGGCGUGGAGGAGCAAACCAAAGCUUUCCUGGACGGCUUCAAUGAGGUGGUGCCCCUGCAGUGGCUGCAGUACUUUGACGAGAAGGAGCUGGAGGUGAUGCUGUGUGGCAUGCUUGAGGUGGACCUGCAGGACUGGCAGAGAAACACCGUGUACCGGCACUACACCCGCAACAGCAAGCAGGUUAUCUGGUUCUGGCAGCUUGUGAAGGAGGUGGACAAUGAGGUGCGCCUGCGGCUAAUGCAGUUCGUCACGGGGACCUGCCGCCUGCCACUAGGGGGCUUCGCUGAGCUCAUGGGGAGCAAUGGGCCCCAAAAGUUCUGCAUCGAGAAGGUGGGCAAGGAGACCUGGCUGCCCCGGAGUCACACCUGCUUCAACAGGCUGGAUCUGCCGCCCUAUAAAAGCUUUGAGCAGCUGAAGGAGAAGCUGCUAUUCGCCAUAGAAGAGACUGAAGGGUUUGGCCAAGAAUAGCCAGAGUUCAUGUCCACGACGGCGUUCAGCUCCACGACGGCGUUCAGCUCCACGACGGCGUUCAGCUCCACGCCGCUGCUGUGGAGAGUCCCUCUAUUACCCAGCCAAGCUAAAGGAAAACAAAAAAAACAACCAAAAACAAAGUGCACAGAUAACUACUAAAAUAUAUAUAUAUAUAUAUAUUUAUAUAUAUAUAUAUAUGUAUAUAUAUAUGUGUAUGUAAAAAAGCUAUUUUAUCAUUAAGGAGUUAUUUUGUCCUUAUUUUGCAUCAUUUCCCUCAGCGAAUCCCCUCAUUUCUCCCUCAUGAAUAUGCAGCAGGAAUCUCAGCUUUUUCUCUUUCGAAAGAGUCUUUAUUUUUCAUUUUGGCUGGUUUUUAAAAGAAGAUCCAGAAAGAUGGAUUUUAUAGUGAAUUGUAUGAAGAGCUCUAGUUUUAUAGAGCUUCCAAGUGACUCUGCUCCGGGCCCGUUCCAGACCCGCCUGGAUCCCCAUAUCGCUGCCUUCUCUGUGUGUGCAUGGCUGGCCGUAGAAUCACGUCGGAACCGACUCGGACGCCAUCAUCAGAGCGUCCGAGCCCCUCCUGUAACAGCGCCGGCCCCCUUCUCUAAGUCCACAGCGCCAUCCAUUAGCCUAGCGCGUUAGAGCCCCCUCUGGGCCGGUCCCGUCUCUGUGGUCGGCAUACCAGCCCCCUCGUUCUGCUUCUCCCCCCUCCUACUGCACGCGAGAUUAUGAUUCAUGGGGGGAGGGGGGGGGUCAUCCAACCAGGGGGAGUUCCUUUAAGGAGUAUAGAGCCUAGCAGUCCAUUGAGACGUCCAUCUAGAGCAGGGGUUUCAAAGAUCUGGCCCGUGAGGCGGUUCUAUCCAGCAUGUGAUACGUUUCUAUAACAUCGCUAAAUCUGUCCCGCAAAUCGAUGUUUCGUUUUCUACAGAGUUUAAAAACAACGUAACUUCGUUCUUCUAAUCAGCGGCUGUGAAAUCGACAUCAAGCUUGGUAAAUUUUGCCGUCACCUGGCUGGCUGAAGCUAAAGACGUCCUAGCUAGCGUGGUCUCCGUGUUGCUUGAGUUUGAGACCCCUGGUCUAGACCCUAAGUGGCCAGCGACCCACCGCCCCAUGACCAGCAUCAUAACCGAAGUGGUGACCACGGUCCUCGGCACUCCCCACCCCCCCGCGGACCGAGCUCCCACCGGCCGGCGCUCCGCGUCUCCGGACCGCCCGCUGAAAGCCAUAUCUCGUACUUGGGCGGUUCCCCGUUCGCUUUCCGUUAUAUCCAAGGAAAGGCGCUACACUGGGCUCAUAGCAACUCCCCAGACUGAUGAAGUGUACCUCUAAGGGCACGGCUGGAUGGAUGUGGUUUUUCUGCUGAGAAUCAUCAAAAGAGAGCAAUUAAAAAUGAAUGGGUAGAAUCUCCA